UAUUUCAUCACAGUUUCUUUCUCUGUCGAUUUGCUUGAAUAGAGAGCAUUGUGAAAUUCACACACUAACACACACACACCUCUUUCUCUCUAGAGCCGAUGUCACUCACAUGAAGCAACCUGGAAGCAAUUUCUGUUGCAGAUGUAAGUAGCAAGUGCCAUGAUCUCAAGCAACUUUGCUGAUACACGAAGCAAUUCAAACGCGAUUGAAAUGGACUCACGAAGCAACCAAGAUGCAACUCUGUUGCCAGCAACAACAUUUGCUGUACAGGUAGCUUCGUGUGACAUCGGCUUUAUCUUCAGACAACAUUUAGUUCACAGAGAAUGAAUAGCAGCAUUGUAGACCAAUCAGAUUAUAUCUCUACAGAUGAGAAACAUUACAACAUCCUGUAUUCCGAGGCCAACAAAGUGAAAGUGACGUGGAUGAAACGUGUAGGGAGGAAUCGUCGCAGUCAAUUGACUGUUGUACCUGUGUGACCACGCUGAAAUGACAGUGCUCUGUGUUGGUGUCCCGUUACACAUGUGGCUGAGUAGACUAUAUAAGCAGUCGUAUAAAUCAGUGUGUGUUGCUGUCUACCCCUGCAGAAUUGUUUGAGGAGCGAGAUAGGCUGCUGCAGAUUUCAUUCCUUUCGAAUUAUUUGAAAAAAGCAAAACAUAUUUUUUAGCAAUAAUGGGUGUUAUGGUUUCGCAACUCUUCUCUCGUUUCUUCGAGAAAAAACAGAUGAGAAUUCUAAUGGUUGGGUUAGAUGCUGCAGGGAAGACCACAGUCCUGUACAAACUAAAACUUGGAGAAGUUGUCACCACUAUCCCCACUAUUGGGUUUAAUGUGGAGACGGUUGAGUACAAGAACAUCAGCUUCACGGUGUGGGAUGUAGGUGGUCAGCACGUCAUCAGACCUCUGUGGAAGCAUUACUACCAGAACACGCAGGGUCUUAUAUUUGUGGUAGACAGCAACGAUCCUGAGAGGAUAAAUGAUGCUACAGAGGAACUACAGAACAUGCUUGAAGAGGACCAGUUGAGAGAUGUAGUUCUGCUGGUGUUCGCCAACAAACAGGACCUUCCCAACGCCAUGUCUGUCAGUGACAUCACACAUAAACUGGGACUGAGGAAACUUCAACUGAAUAGUCCUUGGUUUGUCCAGGCUACCUGUGCGACCCAGGGUUCAGGCCUGUUGGAAGGACUGGACUGGUUGGCUGAUCAGCUUUCCAAGCGCUAACUAGCUGAGUUGGCUCUGUAGCGACACUACCCCUAGGUACAGGUCUAGGAUCAGCUUCCCCUCCCCCUUAACCUUAAUCAUUAGUGAGUUCAUUCGAACGUGCGUUGAAGAUGUCGUUCCCAUAGCAACGAUUAAAACAUUCCCAAACCAGAAACCGUGGAUUGAUGGCAGCAUUCGCGUGAAACUGAAAGAGCAAACCACUGCUUUUAAUCAGGGCAAGGUGACCGGAAACAUGACCGAAUAGAAACAGUGUUGCUAUUCCCUCCGCAAGGCAAUCAUACAAGCUAAGCGUCAGUAUAGAGACAAAGUAGAAUCGCAAUUCAACGGCUCAGACACAAGAGGUAUGUGGCAGGGUCUACAGUCAAUCACGGAUUACAAAAAGAAAACCAGCCCAGUCACAGACCAGGAUGCCUUGCUCCCCGGAAGACUAAAUAACUUUUUUGCCCACUUUGAGGACAAUACAGUGCCACUGACACGGCCCGCAACCAAACAUGCGGACUCUCCUUCACUGCAGCCGAGGUGAGUAAAACAUUUAAACGUGUUAACCCUCGCAAGGAUGCAGGCCCAGACGGCAUCCCCAGCUGCGCCCUCAGAGCAUGCGCAGACCAGCUGGCUGGUGUGUUUACGGACAUAUUCAAUCAAUCCCUAUCCCAGUCUGCUGUUCCCACAUGCUUCAAGAGGGCCACCAUUGUU